AUGUCGGAUCACGAGUACAUCGACACUGAUGACGAAGACGAUCGAUAUCGCCUCAUCGUGAACCCGUCGAAGCCUCGAAAUAUCACGGAAAAGAAGCUCCGAGACCAAGCUGCUCUACAAGCGCACAUAGAAAAGACACAGAGAGAUGCCGCAAGGAGUGCCGCUCCUUUCAGCGAUCCUAGUAAACAGUCCCUCGCCCAGCUCAUGAACCAGAACGAGAGCCACAAGAUCAUCGCCUCGCCUCUAGAAUACCAGAUUGAACUGUUCGAGCGCGCUAAAGAGAGAAACCUCCUUGUGGUGUUGCCUACAGGUACUGGCAAAACACUCAUCUCCGCCUUGCUGCUACGACAUCACCUCGAACAAGAGCUGGAAGCUCGAGCCAUCGGAAAGCCCAAGAAAGUCGCCUUUUUCCUAGUAGAAAAGGUCGCCCUCUGUGUUCAGCAACAUGCAGUCCUCAGCUGCAACCUCGGGGCCCACCCUGUCACCAAGUUCGUAGGCCAUAUGAAAGGCAUGACGAAGACCAAAGAAUACUGGGAUGAGAAGUUUGGCGAAAACAUGGUUGUGGUCUGCACUGCUCAGAUCCUCCUCGACUGCCUCACUUGCGGCUUCAUCACCAUGUCCCGGAUAAAUCUUCUCAUAUUCGACGAAGCACACCACACAAAGAAGAAGCACCCGUACGCUCGAAUUAUGGAUGGGUAUUAUUGCAAACACGAAGGCGAAAAACCUCGCAUACUGGGAAUGACUGCUUCGCCUGUGGACGCGCGCACCAAGGACGUGAGAGACACUGCCCUGGAGCUUGAGAGGUCUCUUGACAGCCAGAUUGCAACGAUUUCGGAUGAGGUGCUGAUGGAAACCAUGCACCGAAAGAAGCAAACCGAAGAAACUGUCAACUACAGCAGGCCUGAAGCUCCCGAUGAUACAAAGACGCAUCUAUGGGAGCAGAUCUUUGCCCUAGUUUCUCGCAACGAACAGUUCAAGUUGUCGCUCGAAUUCACAAAAGAGGCCUCGUCAGUCCUCGGUACUUGGUGUGCGGACCGAUAUUGGGAGCUCGCAAUGACAGAUCUCGAGACUGAACGGCUCGCAGCCAGAACUAGUCGGGAAUUUGUUGGAGACAUUGCAGUAACAAGAGCAGAUCUAGCAACAGAGGCCGUCCGGCGUGUCCAGGACAUUGUUCAGGCUCACAAGUUCGGUGCAAUCGACCCAAAGGCCGAAGGGCUCUCGGCCAAGGUGAAAAGUCUCCAUGAGAUCUUGUCGCACGCUUUCACAAUGGAUGGCACCAAGCGUUGCAUUGUUUUUGUCGAGAAGCGAUACACAGCCCGUUUACUUUCGGAUCUCUAUAGCCAACCUUCCAUGAGGAUCCUAGGAAUGUCUGCUUCAUAUAUGGUUGGCUGUCAAUCAACCAAUUCGAGCUUCGGCACCAUGUCGUUUCGAGAACAAGUCCUGGCUCUCCACGAAUUCAAGCGCGGCAAUACCAACUGCCUUUUCACAACACCCGUUGCAGAAGAGGGCAUCGAUGUUCCAGAUUGCGACCUUGUUAUUCGUUUCGAUCUCUACAACUCCGUCAUACAAUAUUUGCAAUCCAAAGGACGCGCUCGACAAGCACGCUCUCGAUAUAUCACCAUGAUGGAGGAGGGAAAUUUGACACAUAUUCGAAGUGCGAAACAAGCAUUGAGAGAUUCACAAGCUCUGGAGAAGUUCUGUCUCUCUCUUUCUGCUGACCGAAAACUUCAUGAUGAUUUGAUAGACGAGGACAUGGAGAUGAUGGUUGAGCGCAUGCAGCAUCAAGUGUACAAGAUACCUUCGACGGGCGCACGCCUUACGUUUCCCGCCAGCCUUGAAAUCCUGGCCAGAUUUGUUUCUCACUUGUCAACUGACAGCUACGCCAAAGUUGAAUACCAAGUACAGAAGGUAGGCGAUCGAUAUCUAGCUGACGUGGUCAUGCCAUUACAGUCCCCGGUCAACUUUGUGAAGGGUACCCAACAGCGUAGCAAAUUGCUGGCCAAGUGUUCUGCAGCAUUUGAAGCCUGCAAGAUACUGAUCAGAGACAAACAUGUUGACGGCAAUCUUCAGCCGACAUUCAAGAAAAAGGUUCACGCUAUGCGGAACGCACGGCUAGCUGUGAGUUCACACAAGAAGGCUGACUACGACAUGCGAUUGCGGCCAGAGAUUUGGGCUGAACGAGGGGAGUGGACUGAAAGUUUUGCGACUACAAUCACCAUCAAAGACGGGGACGCCCUUAGGAAGGCAAUAGCCGGAGAGUCGUUGAUACUUCUCUCGCGCAAGCCGAUCCCGAAACUGCCAGGUGUUCCUCUAUUCUUUGGCAAUGGAAAUUCCUCUAUCGCUGAAUUGACGCCUAAUCAGGAUGCUCUUCAACUCAGUCCUGAAGAAGCUGACGGAUUGACCAAAUUCACUCAUCGGGUAUUCGCCGAUGUGUUCAGCAAAGAAUACGAUACCACGUCCGACCAAUAUCCAUACCUCCUCGCACCUUAUGCCGACAGUCCCCAAUCAGACACUGGAUCACAUAUUGAUUGGGAUGUUGUCAAUCUUGUGAGCAAGAAAGAGGUGCUCGAAUGGGAGAAUGCGCCAGAAGACUUCUUCGUCAACAAGCUUGUGACUGAUCCAUAUGAUGGAGGACGCAAGCUUGUCAUCAAAGGUAUCGACAAAACGAAGAAGCCAUCCGACCCAACACCCGAAGGAGUCCCCGAAUCAAGAAGCAGAGCUUAUAGGUCUGUGGAACCGACAAUCAUGCAAUACAGUAACAGUCUGUAUUAUAAAUCUCGCCAAAGGGUGAAGUGGCGAGAUGAUCAGCCUGUGGUCAAGGCAGAGCUUCUUUCCUUGAGACGAAACCUUCUGGAUGAGUUUGAAGUUGACGAGAAGGUCAACAUGGAGUGUUUCAUCAUUCUGGAGCCUCUCCAUGUGUCCCCUCUACCUAUCGAUGUGGUCUCUAUGGCCAUGGCAUUUCCAGCAAUCAUCCACCGAAUAGAUUCCGUCCUGAUUGUGUUGGAUGCAUGCAAUCUCCUUGACCUUGAAAUUCCACCAGAACUCGCACUGGAGGCCAUGACCAAAGAUAGCGACAACUCUGGGGAGCAUGACACAGAACAGAUCAAUUUCCAAACAGGCAUGGGCGACAACUAUGAACGGCUAGAGUUCCUCGGCGACUGUUUUCUCAAGAUGGCCACCACGAUCUCAAUCUACACACUGAUGCCUGACGGAAAUGAGUGCAAAUACCACGUUGAGCGCAUGCUUCUCAUUUGCAACCAAAACCUCUUCAAUCAUGCGGUUGAUCGCAAACUCCAAGAGUUCGUCCGAUCCAAGGCUUUUGACAGACGAACAUGGUACCCCGAUCUUCCACUCAGGAAAGGAAAGGCACCGAAAACUUCGAUGAAGCAUAAUCUGGCCGACAAGACGAUUGCAGACGUAUGUGAAGCUCUCAUUGGGGCAGCAUACCUCACAAGCAAGGCCAGCAACAUGGAUCUGGCUGUCAAAGCCGUGACACGAAUGACCAAGUCAAAGAACCACAGGAUGAAGGCUUUCAAAGAUUACUAUAAAGCCUACAAGGUGCCUGAGUGGCAGGAAGGUAAUGCGUCCGCCUCUCAACGCAGCCUUGUGCAAAAGGUGGCACAAGCUACAGGAUAUCGCUUCAAGUCUGCACAGCUUGUCCAGAGUGCAUUCAAACAUCCUUCGUGGCCAUAUGAGUCUGUCCCAGAUUAUCAGCGCCUCGAAUUUCUGGGCGAUUCACUUCUCGACAUGGCCAUCGUCGAUUAUCUCUAUCAAAACUUCCCCAGAGCAGACCCUCAGUGGCUGACGGAACACAAGAUGGCCAUGGUAUCGAAUCAGUUCCUUGGAUGCCUCUGCGUUAAGCUUGGUCUGCACCAACACCUACUCUCCAGCACAUCGAGUCUUCUCAGCCAAAUCCGCGAUUAUGUCGUCGAACUCGAAGUUGCUGAAGAAAAUGCUCGCAAGGAAGCGAAAGAAGAUGGGACUCCCAUGCGCAAGGACUUCUGGCUGAAGGUGGACUCGGCACCCAAGGUUUACGCCGAUGUGAUUGAAGCUCUUGUUGGAGCCAUGUUUGUCGAUACCAAGUACAAAUUUUCGGUCGUCGAGAAUUUCUUCACCAAGUUCAUCCAGCCAUAUUUCCAAGACAUGAGAUUAUACGACACUUUUGCGAACAAACACCCAGUCACUUUUCUCUCCAAGAAGAUGCAUCAGGAAUUUGGUUGCACAAACUGGCGCAUCAGCGCAGAGGCUGUACCAUGCAGUGCAGAUCAAGGCAUAGCGGCGCUGAAAGAUACCGAAAUGUGCGCUGUUUUCAUGGUGCAUCAAAAGGUUAUCGUGGAUGACACAUCUGAGAGUGGGAGGUAUUCUAAGCAGCGUGCCGCGACGAAAGCGCUCGAGAUACUUGAUUCGUUUGGUGAGGAUGUUGAGGCGGCGAAGAGGUUUUUGGGGUGUGAUUGUCAGCUUGGAGGAGGGGAUGUUGAGGUUGAUCAUGGAACAGCUGUUUGAGCUGAAGUCGGCACUAGAAUUGGAGGGCAUGUGUUUCAGAGACAUAAAGCGCUUCAUAGCGUUAGAAGCGUAGACAAAGAUCAUAGAGCAAUUAAAAUGUUGCGUUGA